UCAAAAGAAGUUUCUUUAGACUCUGCACACAAAGUCAAUCAACCUCCACACUAUCUUCAUUAUCCUUUCCUCUUCCUCUCCCCCCACUUUCUCUCUCUCUACCAAUGGAUGAAUUUUACUUUCGGAGGAGCCAUGUUCCAGCAUUUGGGAGUUGGGAUUGCAACUAUGACUUACCUUUCACACAGUGCUUUGAAUCUGCAAGGCAAGCUGGGCUGCUCCACUACAGCUUUCCUGAGGAGCAAGAUUUGUACGUGGCUGGGGAUCUGCACGAGAACGAUGUUGUUACACCUGCCAUGAUUGUUGUUCCCCGAAGAAGAGGUAAAAGAGGAUAUCCGAAAGGGAAAGAAGGGAAAAAGGAUGGGUGGGUGAUGUGUGAUGAUGAUUGUGAGGUUAAAUCCGGGGGGAGCCCUGUGUCAGUGUCGCCACAUGCUUUUCCUUCUCCCACCGCAGCACCUAAAGCUGUUGACGAAGAUCUGUACAAGAUCUCCCCUCACCUCCUCCGCCAACACGCCAAGAGGAAGAGGGCAUGGGGUAUCUUUUCAAGCUGCCUGCGGCCGACAUGUGUGUGUUGAACUUCCUGCAGAAGCACAGAGAACAAUGGUAAAUAAAGAAAUACUGCAUAUGAUGGGGAGCAAAAUUCAGGAGCAAGAAAAUAUUACCAGAGCAGUUAUUGAGAGGCAGUUAGUGAAGGUUAAGUGGUUGCAGAAGAAGCCCAGAUAUUUGUUUAGCCCAAGAAGAUAAUUCAUCAUUAUGAUAUGAUAAUCUCCUUCCUAAAGCACUGUUUGCCUGUCUCUGUGAGCUCUAUUUCCAAUUUCUAUUGAGUGCUUUUUGUAGAAAUUAUUUAAAAAGUGCGGGUACUGUAAGCAUGGAGGGGACAUUAUCAUGUGGUACUAAAGUUGUUGGAAGGCUAUAAUUGCACUGUCUCA